ACAAGAUAUUGAAUACUUGCACGGUUCAAUCUUGCGCCGGUGAUCUGUUUUACCGUCGUGGACCUCAGCGCCACUGAUUCCGCCCACCAAGUUUCCUGAGCUGCACAUCUGCACCGAGGCCCACCCGUCCUACACCAUGCCGGCCGUGAACCCAGAGAUGGAGCUGGCUCGCCAGGAGGCGGCCGAACGGAUCGCCAAGGGCCGCCUCGCCCAGCAGGAGGCCGCCGACAGUCUGAUCCUCCAGUGCGAGGAGGCGGCGCUGCCUUGGCUCGAGCUGACGGCCGAGGUCCGCGAGCGUAUCUGCCGCCAGGUGCAGCUCGCUCACAACGGCCGCUGUUACGACAACUUGGCCGACCUGCUCGGGGUGGACCCGGUGGACCGCCGCUUCUGCGCCGAACAGGUGGCCGGACACCUCAAGAGCUCCACCGAGCUGCUGCUGGAGGACUCCGCGCGCCGCCGCGCCGAGCCGCUGCCGGCCGCGCUGCUGCUGCGCUUCCUGCGCGAGCACAGCCUGCUGCGGGUGCUGGCGGACGUGGCUGGCGGCGUGCGCGAGGCGUGCGCGCGCCGCCGCCAGCAGGAGCUGCUCAGCCGCGCCUCGUGCUCGCCCAUGGACAGCGGCUACCAGAGCAGCGACCAUUGCGGCAGCGACAUCGUCGGCGUGCUCUCCGAGCCGCCCGAUGCCUCUCUGGUGAAGGCCAUUCCCGUGCGCUCCGAGCCGCCGACCUCGCCGACCGCCUGGGAGGCCGACCUCAAGAAGCCGACACAAAACUCCAAGAAGCUGAUGCUGACGUAUGCGUACGAUGGCCGCGAGACGGCGCUGGAGGUGGCCAAACAGCUGAAGGGGUUUGGUUUCCGGGUUAUGAUGCUCGAGGAGCAGAACCGCCACCGGUAUCUCGACUCCUACUCGGCCGUCAAGAAGUGGUUCACGGGAGUCGACUACAUCGUGCCCGUGCUGACCGCCGACGUAAUAAACCAAAUUUCAGGUCAAGUUAGGUCAAGGUCAAUGAUAUGUGUUUGUAUGUCUCUCAAAACCAUGUUCAAGACUUAG